UCCAAUAACUUAGAGAUAUUACAUCAAGGCAGAAAUGAGGAAAAGAUUAUUAUUGAAUCAAAAUGUGAAGAUAUCAAUAUGCAAUUAAAUGAUUUAUUACAUAUUCCAGAUAAUAAAUAUAUAGUAAAAAAUUACAAUACUAAAAAAGAGGAAAACAUUGUUAUUGAAACCAAAUAUGAAAAUACUAACAUACAAUCUACUGACUUAUUACAAAAUUCAGAUAAUAAACAUGUGAAAGAAUCUCCUAAUCCCUUAAUACAAGUUCAAGUACCAGUAUUAGUAAAAGAUAGCAACACUAGAAAAAGUGGAAGAUCAUACAAACCUUCUCAUCUUGUCAAAGAAUUAUUAAAAGAUUUAUAUUAUUCUGGGACCCCUCCUAAUAAGAGCUCCAUGGCUACUGCUUAUCUCUCAAAUAUAACCAAAUUUUCUGAUACUUCACACAACAAAGAUGACAAAUCUAUAAAAGUUGCCGGAUUUGAUAAAAACGAAUUGUCCAAUAAUUCUCCAACCGCUAUAGGCAAUCAAAAUAUGAACGUUUCUUCCUUCAUGGCCGAGGUUCUUGCUUCAACUCAGCUACAAAACCAAACUCUAUAUAGUUCUAGGAAGAACUCCAACAAGACUCCCAUAAACGUUCCUCCCAACAAUCUCCUACCUCCAGAAGAGACUGCUACCUCUGACCAUUCAAAUCAUGAAAUCUCACAAAACAAAGCCCCCACAGGUAAUUACGAUAUUCAGAAUGUGAUACCCUUUCUUGACGACCAAUACUAUUGCCCAUAUAAUGACCAAAACAUCGUUUGCAAUUUCAAAGUGAAACGGAAGUGUCAUUUGUUCAGGCACAUAGCACAUGUUCACAGGGAUAAGAUCGAGUACCUUGACCCUGAUUGUGACGUUAAAUCUUAUAUCCAAAAAGCCUCUGAUGGCCUGUUCUAUUGCAAAAUGAAGGAAUGUUGUUUUAUGUCUCGGUCUUCUUUCAACGUAGCCGCACACCUAAGGACGUUACACUGCCGUUGCGGAAGAAACUUCGAGGAAAAGAAGGAUAAAAAAGGGAAUGAGCUCAUCGAAUCCACCAUAGAUUUACAAAAUUUGCCAAAUUCAAAUCCUCAACCAAACAUCCUUAAACACGAUUCAUUAUUCCCAAAUAAAUCCAAAAUUAAUCAUCAGGCAGGUAAUCAUACUUGUGACAAGAGACACUACAUAAAGUGUACGCCAAGGGUUAAAUACGUAUCCAGGAGAAGAGAAACCGUGUAUCCCCUUGCCCGAUUCCCACAAUUAAACCAAAACAACUUUAAUGAACCACCAUUAAAUCCACAAUUCGAGCUUAAUAACGUGAUUAUCAACUCUAAAGAAAAUUCUUUUGAUUGCCAGAAUUUCAAUGAGAACUAUAAACAUCGCCCAAUUUUUGGUGGCCUUGGUGAAACGAGUCCCAAUGAUUUUGAUCAAAGCCAUGAAAAUUUCGAUAAAAUCACCAUUGGAGGAAAUAUGGACAAUGAGAGGGAAAGCUUGGAUGAUUCAAUCUUUUGCAACCUUAGCGCUUUGCCAUUAUGCGAGAAAGAUAAAUUGAUUUGCGCUUGGAAGAAAGAAAAUGAUAUUAAUAUACGUGACGAAACUCCCGUUAUCUAUGAAGUCAAUGCCGCAAUCAAAAAUGGUUACAAAGCUUCCAAAGUCCAUCUUCUAAAUACCACUACAUCAGGGUCGUCGAAACUCAAUCGUUUUCCUCUCAAGAGAUCUAAUUCUUUAGACAUCUCUACCGAUCGUUACUCUUUCCAUGGCAUGCCCAAAAAUCAGCGAAAUAUCCCGCUUUCGGCUGUUCCUAGUAAAGAAGAAGCCAGGGCUAACAGUCAUAAAUCUAUAAAGAGAAUCUUUGCGCCCCUCAUUCACAAAAAUAGUCUUAUCGGGUUAUCCCAAGAUCCUACUAUCAAAGAUUUUGGCUCGCCUAAGCCCUUGGUUGAUACAGCUGACCCCUUAUCAAAACCCGACAACCUUAUCUAUAAAAGAGGAAAGUUUAUUUUUUUGGCUGAGGAUGAUUUUCAUCAAAAUAACCAGUUGUGUAGCAGUUUUGAAGACAUUACAGAUAAGGACGAUGUCAAAAUUUUAAAGCCCCAUAAUGAGAAAGAGAAUGACCACAUAAAUAUUUUCGAUAUUAUUAACAGUGCCAAUAAGCCCCCCGAUAAAAAAGAUGUAACCUUUACUAAGGUAGAAAAGAAAUCCUCAAAAGUUAAAUUAAAUGGGUUUCUAACCACGAAAGAUAAGGGAAUAGUCGCCCAAAACUAUCCUCUAAGAUUACAGAAAGAGGUACCGACUAUUAUCGACCAGUCUUGCAUAGUAAAUUCUGAUAUCGCUGUUAAUCCUAAACGGUUAAAAGAUUACAGUAACAUCAAUAAUGGGCAUCCCUUGGAAAAACGGAGGGAGAUGAUCGACUAUUCUUGUGCGGAAAACUUUGAUGACAUUGUUAAGCGUAAAAGGAAUAGGGUAUACAGAUACAGCAGUAAUGGUCGUCCUCUAGGAAGACCCAGGAAGAUUCCGAGGAUUAUCUCAGAAUUAGACUCCGAUAAAGCCGAAUAUGUAUCACUCGAUGAGACGAAAAACCUGGUAAAACCUCAAAAUUUUAUCAUUUUAGACGCGCCCCUCAACAGUUACGCCACAGCUCUUGCGUCAACUAUAGUAGACAUCGAUAUAGCGGAAUAUAAAACAUCCCAUGAGACGGAAAACAUGGGAAAACCUCAAAAUUUUACCAUUUUAGACAUAUCCCCUAACAUUUGUGCCACCGCUCUUGUAGCCUUAAUACCAUCUCCUACCUCAAAAUUCGCGAAAACAAUGAAUGGUUAUAUAACAAGAGAUCGAAAUGCUUAUAAGUCUGAUUUACCAAGUAAUCCAUCCGAAAGAUCGGCUAUCGAAUGCUGCCUAAAUCUUAUGCUCGAAUCUGUUUGUGACUCCUUAUCCAAUAAUGAGCGUGCUUUGCCACAGAAGGAUGGAUUGAUACGUACUGAACCUUUACCUAUAAUUAGCGAAGAAUCGCCCAAAUCCUUAGACAAUCACACGAAUCUUCACCCGUAUCUUUUGCUUGAGAUACCUCAAGAUUACGAUUUAGACGUACACGGAUACCCGCUAAAUCAAAUAUAUUACUACCAAAAAUAUGACAAUCACGCGAAGAAAUCCCAACGCGAUCCUUUGGAACCCACCACAUUUACUACAAAUUAUUUAAAUGCUACCGACAAAAACUACCCUGACGACUUUCUUCAAACUUUUCAUUGUUUUAAAUGCGGAAUGACGUUGGAUUUGUCGCCACCCAGUAUCUCCAACCUUAGCGACGGUAACGCGAAAAAUAUUGAGCGUAGAACAAAUCAGAUACGCAAACAAACCGCGAAUUUACUACACCCCAGUACACAGUUUCCAACACCCGAUGAAUUUGAACGUCGACAAAGGACUCCAUCUAAAAAAGCAAGCAUAGUGUUUUGCGAUCUAUGCUGUCAAUCAUACCAUUCGUAUUGUUUUGAAUCAUAUUAUCAUGCUUUCAAGGGCAUGUCUUUGCCCCCGGAAAAUGAAAUAGAAAAAACCUCUAUUUUAAACGGUUACAAUAUAUGCAGAAACUGUCAGUAUUGUUGGGUGUGCUUUAAAAACGAGCCAUUCAAGUUUGUAACCUGCCAUACCUGUUACAAAUCAUAUCAUUCUCAAUGCCUCGGCCCAACUAUAACCCAACCAACUGCAACAAACAAAAACACAAGCCAAAACAUUACCGAUAUAUGGGAAUGUUCUAUUUGUCAAAACAAAGAUAUAAAAAACUCUAAAGCACAGAAUUCACGAGAUAUUGACACCUUGAAACAAGAUUUUACCUCCAAUAUAGAUUUAGUCAAGGAUUCACCCAAACUGGAUCAUAAUUACAGUGCGGAACAACAAAUGAAUGGUUACAACUUAUUCGAAUAUCUCAAACCUCGUCUAUCAUGUAAUUUUACGCCUGAUUGCAUCGUCAAUAAAUGUUGGUUAUGCAACCUAACAGAUAGAGAUUUCCCGCCAACCGAUUUCAUUUCCUAUCCUAAUAUGCGAAAUCACGACUUAAAUUCUUUGGUGCCUGUAAGCGAUUACAAUUUACGAACGCGUUGGUUACACUUGGGGUGCAUUAUGACCUUCGAUCUCCUCACCUUUAUAUCCACCCAAGCCAAGUAUCGAGGCAGGAAAUACUUAUUCUAUCGUUCCCUCCUACCCAACAUUUACAGAGUCUUGACAUCGAUAUGCUCGCUUUGUCGUACAGCUGGUGCCAGUUUAGUUUGCCAAUCGAUGGAUUGCUUUGUUACUUUUCAUUUACCUUGCAUUUCUAAAUAUAUCAAUUAUAAUCUCCACGACAAGAAUACUCGUAUUUCCAUAUAUUUUCGACAUGGAAAAUUUGUAGUGUACUGUCCCAAACAUACGAAAGUUAUGCCCUAUCAACAUAAUUCAAAUAGUCCUAUUUUCAACGUUAAAGAUAAUACCGCCCCAUCUUUGUUCGAUAAAACUUACCCGAGCAAACCCGGGAAACUUACCGACACUCCUAAUAUCGAUGUUACAGUUUUUGCUGAUGAAAAUGUUGUACAAAUUACUAAAAAAUUCGGUAAAAAUAGGUUCAAGACCGAUCACAUUAAACCCGAAAUGGAUGGCCGUGAGGUAUAUUUUGAUAGCUGUCAGAAUAGUAAUAUUGCGAGAUCAUACCAAUUGCCAACCCGUUCAUCUUCGAAAUUCGUGUUGAGGCCUCGCCACUUGUCCUCUUCUCCUUCGUUAAAUGGCAAGUUUUAUUACGCUGGAUUUACAAAUGAUAUAAUUAAUAUCCCCCACCAAUCAGAGAUAUGUCAUGAUAAUAAUAACAACACAAGAGUCACCUAUUUUAGUCGCGUUCAAAAUGUUUCUCAGAAUUAUUCCUCAGAAAGGAUGCAUACGAAAAUUUCACAUUCUGAGUGUGAAACUGAAAUAAAUGGUCUUUUACCGGUUAUGUCUGCAAAGACCUCAGAUGGAGUAAUGAAUGAAAGUAGUCUGAUAGAAUCGCCCCGCAAAAUAUCUCGAUUAAUUAUUGGCUGCCUUCACAUAACUAAUGUAGGCUCUUCCUUCUCUCCUCCAUUCCAUGGUAUGGAAUGCCAGAAUAUCAACGAUUUUGACUCUAGUCUCAAAGGGCAAAUUUUACGGGAAUUGACUCAGGUUGAUGGCGAAGACCACCUUCUACCUCAUAAUAUUACUACGUAUCCUGAUGGUUUUAGAUCAUACCGCAAGUUUUGGAGCACUUCUGAUCCCGACAAAAUUUGUACUUACAAGCUCGAAAUAAUAAACGCGGCGUUUCUUGUCAAUUCUGAAACGCGCGGUAAUAGCGUUUAUAUGACAGCUAAUCGCGAUGGUCGUGGGGGCGGCUUGGAUCUUAACAUCGAUCUUUCUUUGGUGGACUCUAUGGCGGAAGAUGACUUAUUGUGCCUGGAUGUAAACGAGAUACCUGUGUUAGACGACCGAUCUCGACAAUUAUACCUGAUAUCUAACGAUGAAGGCUUGCGGCGGGCGUCUUUUAAUCUCGAAGGUACCUGGUCCGAAAUCCUUACCACGAUAUUCAACAACAAAGCCUCAAAAUAUCCAACCCUUUCUCCUCUACCGUACGGAAUAAAUUGCCCGGCUAAAUUAUUCGGUUUACGACUUCCUAUCGUUCUUCACCUGUUUACACAAAUGGACGGGUACCCAUUCGAUUCGCCUCAGUCGAAAAACGACGCCAAAUAUAUUCUACCUAAAUACGGCUGUUCUAGGCUGAUUCCUUACCAACGUAUACUUAAAUUAUCGCUCAAAAAUCGCGAAUUGAAAUUCGGCAUCAAGUCUUCAUCGCAUAAACCCGUAUUUCCGUCCUUCUUACCCGACGAAUUUGGAAAUAGCAAUUCAGAUUUGAACAAUGUCUAUAUUAAUAAUAAUAUCUGGUCUAAAAAAUGCAAUAUUAAUAGUCUGAAGACAUUGGACAGGUACAUGUACAUGAAAGCAACUUACAGGUCCAGGGUCUAUAUAUCUAGAUCGCGAAUCCACGAGAAAGGCCUAUUUGCCUCGCACGAUUUCAGAAGAGGACACAUAAUUAUCGAGUACGUCGGGGAGAUUAUAAGGAAUAUUGUGGCGGAUAAGCGCGAAGCUCAACAAAAUUUUGUCACGAAUGAAGCACAUCGAACGCCACCUAGCCAAACAAUGCCAUGCUAUCUGUUUAGGCUGAAUAAAGACUACAUUAUCGACGCCAAUUCGAGCGGUAACGAAUCCCGUUACAUUAAUCACUCUUGUCAGCCCAACUGUUAUUCCAAGAUAGUUUUGUGCGCAGGGCGUAGACGAAUAUUAUUUUAUGCUUCUGCGUUCAUAGCUAAGGGUUGUGAAAUAACAUAUGAUUACAAGUUUCCCAUCGAAGAAAUUGAAGAAGGACAAUCAGAGGAGGGUGAUAAUCAUAAUUCUCGCAUAAUUAACAAUCUAAAAAUAGUCUGUAAAUGUGGUUCCAAGGCUUGCUUGGGAUUUUUAAAUUAACCAUUAAGUAAAACAUAUUAAUAAUAAUGCACAUAUAAUAAUAUAAAUUAAAUAAUUUUUUUUAAAAAUCGUACAAUUAAUUAUUUCAUAUGAUGU